CUCCGCUUCCCAGAAUCCAAGAUGGCGGGAUCCAGGCAAUGGGCUUCCCUGGCCAGAGUUCAGCCUCUUUUCUGCGCCGUGCUGCUGUCGCUUGGUCGCUUCGCCGGGAGCGACGGCAUGGGAGGCGACCCUGCGGCCGCUGGUGCCGCGGGCAACGCAGCCGCGUCGCCACACCGCCGUUUCGAGUACAAAUACAGCUUCAAGGGACCGCACCUGGUGCAGAGCGACGGGACAGUGCCCUUCUGGGCCCACGCGGGGAAUGCUAUUCCAAGUUCAGAUCAAAUUCGAAUAGCACCAUCUUUAAAAAGCCAAAGAGGAUCGGUGUGGACAAAGACAAAAGCAGCCUUUGAGAACUGGGAAGUUGAGGUGACAUUUAGAGUGACUGGAAGAGGUCGAAUUGGAGCUGAUGGCCUGGCAGUUUGGUAUACAGAAAAUCAAGGCUUGGAGGGUCCUGUGUUUGGAUCAGCUGAUAUGUGGAAUGGUGUUGGAAUAUUUUUUGAUUCUUUCGACAAUGACGGAAAGAAAAAUAAUCCUGCUAUAGUAAUUAUAGGCAACAAUGGACAAAUCCAUUAUGACCAUCAAAACGAUGGUGCUAAUCAAGCUUUAGCAAGUUGCCAGAGAGACUUUCGUAAUAAACCCUACCCUGUCCGCGCAAAGAUUACGUAUUACCAGAAAACACUGAUGGUAAUGAUCAAUAAUGGCUUCACACCAGAUAAAAAUGACUAUGAAUUUUGUGCCAGAGUGGACAAUAUGGUUAUCCCUCCUCAAGGGCAUUUUGGAAUAUCUGCUGCAACUGGAGGUCUUGCAGAUGACCAUGAUGUCCUUUCUUUUCUGACUUUCCAAUUGACUGAGCCUGGGAAAGAGCUGCCUACCCCAGAUAAAGAAAUUUCAGAAAAAGAAAAAGAAAAGUAUCAAGAAGAAUUUGAGCACUUUCAACAAGAAUUGGAUAAAAAAAAGGAGGAAUUCCAGAAGGGCCACCCUGACCUUCAGGGGCAACCUGCGGAUGAAAUAUUUGAGAGUGUAGGAGACCGCGAGCUGAGACAAAUCUUUGAAGGACAGAAUCGUAUCCAUCUUGAAAUCAAGCAGCUGAACCGCCAGUUAGAUAUGAUUCUUGAUGAGCAGAGGAGAUACGUCUCUUCCUUGACAGAGGAGAUCGCUAAAAGAGGAUCAGGAGUCCCAGGGCAGCAGGGCCGGAUCACCCAACAAGAGCUGGAUACUGUUGUCAACACUCAGCACGAGAUCCUGAGACAAGUAAAUGAAAUGAAGAAUUCCAUGAGUGAAACUGUCAGGCUGGUCAGCGGCAUACAGCAUCCUGGAUCUGCAGGUGGAGUUUAUGAGUCAACCCAGCACUUCAACGACAUCAAAGAGCACCUUCACAUUGUGAAGCGGGACAUAGACAACUUAGUGCAGCGAAACAUGCCAUCAAAUGAAAGACCAAAAUGCCCAGAACUGCCACCAUUUCCAUCAUGUUUAUCGACGAUGCACUUCGUUAUAUUUGUAGUGGUACAAACGGUGUUAUUCAUUGGUUAUAUCAUGUAUAGGACUCAGCAAGAAGCAGCUGCCAAAAAAUUCUUUUGACCACCAUUUUCUUAUGUCUACAUCAUGUAUGUAUGUACAAAAUGUCUUUUUGAGGGAAUUUAAGUAUUUAAAUUGCUUCAUAGUCUAAAUUAUUAAAUUUUAUAUAAAAUGACUUUAAACAUUGAUUUGCAGUAAGAAUAAACCUUAAAACAAAGACAAAA